GUUUAUGUCCGACUGUUUCUAUAAACGCUAAAUGCGGGGAGUAUAUUUGAUUUUUGAGGGGUUGCUCGAAGAAAUCAAAGUGGUGGGCCAAAUAAUUUUUAGGUAUUUUUGGUAUAAUCAGCUGCCCAUAGGGCUACUGUUAUGGAUAUAGCAGGUGGCGGCAACGCUGCUCGUAAGGCUUGUUACAUAUUGGCGCUAAGAGCAUGGGUCUCGGUCUUUGCUUGCAAUGGUUUAUCCAAUAUCGUUCUGUUUCAAUUUACAUCCAUUUUAGCCACAUUCCUAGUUUUUAACAUGGUCACUAAAAGUAAGUAAACAGGAAUCCCAGAGGGAUUGAUACG